AUGUCGCGCAGACUCUACCUCGGCAGAUUGCCCCCCGACGCUCGCUCUGACGAUGUCUCUAAAUUCUUUGAGGGCUAUGGCCGUAUCAUCGACUGCCGUGUCAUGACUGGUUUCGGUUUCGUCGAGUUUGAAAGCUCAAAGGACGCUGAGGAUGCCGUUCAUCAAUUCAAUGGAAAGCCGUUCAUGGGCACAGCCAUCGUUGUUGAGUUCGCAAAAGAAAGCCGCCCGCGAAGAGAAGUUGCCCCUCGAGCCCGCCGACCUCCCGGUGUUCGUCUGAUUGUUUCCGGCAUCUCUCGUGACACAAGCUGGCAGGAUUUGAAGGACUUUGGACGCGAAGUUGCCAGUGUCUCGUUUGCGGACAUUGAUCGCGAUGUACCUGGUCAAGGCGUUCUUGAGUAUUUGUCGAGGGAGGACGCCGACAGGGCAGUAAAGGACCUCGACGGCCGUGAACUUCGUGGAAAGUUGGUUCGAGUCGUGUUGGACGAUCAUCGUGGAGCUGAAUAUCGCCGUGACGAUCGUCGCGAUGAUAGAGACCGAUACAGGGACGACCGCUACAGAGACGAUCGUUACCGACGAGACCGCUCCAGGUCGCCUCGUCGUGGUGAGGACCGCCGCCCCCGUUCGCCCCCCAAGAAAGACGGUGACAAACCACAACCUCCAGGUUAUGAUGAUUAUCGACGAGGCGGUUAUGAAGAACGCCGUCCGGAUGACUAUUACUACGACCGACGCCGUGAGGACCCCGACAGGAAACGGGAUGACCGCCGCAGGGACGAGAAGGAUGACCGCUACGAUGACAGGCCUUCCAGACACGCUAACGGCGACGCCGGAUGGUCGCGUUGA